AACCAUUGAUGGGAGUGGCGUUCACCUGUUUUACCUGAGGCUUCAAGUAUAUAAGGCACCUUCUACCAUCUCUCCGCUUAGUCAUUUGGAAUCGUUCGUGAAACAGCGCUUUGCUUCAACGUAAAUACCAACCAUGAGAUUUCACAAGAUAGCGACGAUCCUUCUCGUUGUAAUAACUAUCGCAUCUGCAUACCCGCAAAAAGAUGGUCAAAUCUUCAGUAAUGAAGCGAUUAGGCAAGCUCAAAACACUUAUCUCAUUCCUAAGGAUGCGACGAUACAAAAGGUUCAAGAAGGGAUAGAAUUGGCUGCAUACGAAUCGAUUCCUGGAGAUCAAAGGAUAAAUCUUUUUGAAAUACUUGGAGAGCACGUACCACCAGAAGUUGUUAACAAUCUGCAAACUCAAAUUGAUCAAAUAGGACGAAAUUAAAAUUUAUUGUUCAACAUUAAUGUACUGUCGAUUUUCCAUUGUCUUCCUGUACAAAAUUACUUCUAAGUACUUAUAAAAGUAUUUAUAAAUGAGCGAUAAAUCACUCUCUCGUGAAUUAUAAUAUAUUCAGCUUUUACAUUUUUAUAAAUAAACGCAAGAAAAUAAUCAA